CCGGCUCCGAGCAGAUGGUAGAACCCACUUCCGGAUUUCCGCCCUUCCCUCCUCCCGCGCACUCCCCCCUCGGGACGCAAGACGCAGGAAAUCUCGCGAUGGCGAGAGGAGGCGGUACAUCCCCUGAAAUACUUGAAGAAACUCAGUUGGGAUGUGUUCUACCUACAAGUCUUGGCACCAACAGUUUGAAGAAAAGCAGUUGGGGAUUUUUAUUUACUGGGAUUGUUGGUGGGACGCUGGUGGCGGUGUAUGCUGUGGCCACACCAUUUCUAAUACCAGCCCUCCGAAAAAUUUGUUUGCCUUUUGUACCUGCAACUACAAAGCAGAUUGCAAAUGUUGUGAAAAUGCUGCACUGCAGGAGAGGAUCCCUGGUUGACAUUGGUAGUGGCGACGGGCGUAUUGUGAUAGCAGCUGCCAAAGAAGGAUUCACAGCUGUUGGUUAUGAAUUAAACCCAUGGCUAGUUUGGUACUCCAGAUACCGUGCUUGGCGAGAAGGGGUUCAGGACUCUGCCAAAUUUUAUAUAUCAGAUUUGUGGAAGGUUACUUUUUCACAGUACUCAAACGUCGUUAUUUUUGGUGUGCCUCAGAUGAUGCUGCGGUUGAAGGAGAAACUUGCGCUUGAACUUGAGGAUGACGCCAGAGUCAUUGCCUGCCGAUUCCCUUUCCCUGGCUGGACCCCAGACCAUGUCACCGGGGAGGGGGUAGAUACUGUGUGGGCCUAUGACAUCAGCACUCUGAGAGGCAAGAGGCCCCAAGGACCAGCGCACACCCAGUCAGUCACUCAAAUGUAGACUUUUAUCAAGCGUGGUUUCCCAGGUGUUGGCCGUCUUCGAUUUUAUAGAGACUUCCAUCUGUGUCUUCAGCAAAGAGUAUAUUUUUCUUCAGUAUGGAAUGAAAAACUACUGUUACUUUCCUUAACUUUUGGAAGACAAACAGAAGUUAAGAGCAGCAGGUAGAUUUAAGGUCCCCUUUCACGGCGUAUUCAAAAAAGUGGUCUGACUUCUUUCCAUGCACUCAGACACAUGAAAAUAUGAAUGAGUCAUAAUCACAUCGACGUGCGGGGAAGAUGUGAACAGCUUUUCACAUAAUAAAAAAUACGACUUAAUGCCAGAUGAAAAGAAGCACUUUUUAAACAGGGUAUAUUUAUAGUUUUCUCCAACUUCAUUCAUCCUUAAGAUUUAUGUCUUUUGUCUAUUUCAUGGUAAAACUUUCUAAAGGACGUAGGUCCUCAUAUUCUAUAACAUUUAAGAAUAUAUAUUUCACAAAUUAAGAAUAAUUUGUUCCAAGGCUAGUGGACUACUGUUUUUUAUUGAAUCUGAGAUGUAUGUGUGUGUACAUGUGUGUGUAUUUGUGUCUGUAAUCAGCAGUAAGUUUCUAGACAGGCUUCUGGUGGAUUUCUGCAGGCAUCAGACUAUCUGCAAAGGCAUAUUUAACUUGCCAUUUUGGGUUUCUCCUUUAGCUUCCCAAGAAUUAGAUGAUGCCUGGUCCCACAACCUCAGAAUAAAAUGGACCAUUUCACAGAA